ACUGUGUACGCUGCAGGACGGUGUUGUGUUGGCAGUGCGUCAGGAGUACGUUCCCAUCGGCGACCAGGUGCUGACUCUGGGAGACGGAGACGAAGUCGCUGUAGUGCCGCCACUCAGCGGGGGCUAGAGACUCGAGACUAUGUCGAAGGGACUGAGAGAUGUCUUCAAGCUGAGCCAUGAUUGGCUCUCUGUGCAGGAAGUGGUCGAUGCUGUCAGCAGCCCUUCCUGUGGAGCCAUUUCAGUGUUUAUAGGUACAACUCGCGAGGAUGAGGCAGACAGCAGGAAGGUGGUUGGACUGGAGUAUGAGGCAUAUGAGCCCAUGGCCCAAUCAGAGUUCAACAAGCUGUGUGCUGACAUCAGAGCACGCUGGCAAAGCGUGACACACAUCUGCGUCCACCACAGGCUCGGGUGGGUAAAGGUGGGCGACGCCAGUGUUGUCAUGGCGAUCUCAUCCCCUCACCGCCAUGACGGCCAGCAGGCGAUCCAGCACUGCAUCAGCCAGUUGAAGGCUAAUGUCCCCAUUUGGAAAAAGGAAGUUUAUGACACGCAGGAGGCGAACUGGAAGGAGAACGCCGAGUGUUCAUGGUCCACUCAGAAGAAACCUCCAGAAAACACAUUGUCUGAGGGAAAACCUGAAUAAAAAAAAUGUGAUAAAACACAGAUACUUGUGGUGGGUGGAGCCAUAAUUAUGUGUUUAGAUUAUUUGGAGUUUAACUCUUAAUUCUCUUCAUUUAAAACACAAUAUUUUAAAAAAAACUAAUUAUCAUGUAACACUUAAAACAUGUUUUAAAUUUAUAUUUUUGUGUUGACUGAGUCUGAUGGUCACGUUAAUUUUUUGGUGCUAAGAUACUAAAUGCUAGAUACUAAAUGUACGAAUGCUGUAAAAUCUUCCAAAAUGAACUAAAACCAUCAUCAGAAUGUGAAGAAAAAACUGCUGUAAAACUUUGUGUCCAAAA